AUGUCAAAGAAAACAGCACAAGAUAAGGUUAACCAGAUGGUCAAAAUGCAUCAUGAUGGACAUCAGGCCCCAAAACAGCUUCAGCUUUCUGAAUGUGAAUAUACAAGUUAUGUUUCAAUUUUGGAUGGAUUGUGCCAUGAGAUAGACGAGGUAGAGAGAGAGAAAGCUAAGGGUUUAUUAGAAAAGCAACAGAAUUUGGCAGCUCAAGAAGCUGCUGGAAAGAAAGCACGUGAGGCGGCCAUAAAAACACUUGAGCAGAAAGAAUUAGGUCGAAAGUGCCGGUGGAAUGAAGAUUUCCUGGCAGCGUUGUCUGACACCAUAAAAGCUACAGGAAAUCCAGCAUACAAUGCUGUAUCAGGAUUGAUCAAGGAUGUUUUCAGAGAAUUGGCUAGUGUUGUAAAUCAUGCUGAGGCAGAUGCCAUGGAGAGUACAGUCAGGCUUGCCAAGGAGAAUAACAGCAUUCAGCGAGAAAAAUUGGAAGUGGAAAAACAAAUGCUCACUGCUAUUCAAGGCCUCAGCAACAAUUUACAACAUCACAUCAAAUUUUUCCAUACACUUGAGAAAGAGAAUCAAUUUCCCAAUAUGUAG